CUCUUCUACUUUGAUUUCCUUCAUUUCUCUUCCCAAAUCCUCGCUUCGAAGAUCGAAUUCUAGGGUUCGCUGAUGGCGCUCUCCGGCCGUGUCCGAUCCGUGCUUUCUAUCAUCUCGAGAGCCGAUUCUGCUCUCUCUCACAGAUCCAUUUCUGAUCGGACUCUGGCAAACCCUAAUCCAUUGGUGUCGCAGUGCUUGAGGGCAUUCGCUUCCCAGGCAAAGACCACCAGUGCUGAUGUUAAGGUGCCAUUGUCAUUGUUCGGGGUCACUGGAAAUUACGCUUCUGCUCUGUUCCUCGCGGCUGCCAAAGCUAAUGAAUUGGAUAGGGUUGAAUCUGAGAUCCUUGAUGUUAUCGAGGCUUCCAAGAGGAGUUCGCUGUUUUCACAGUUCAUAAGGGAUUUAUCAGUGCCUAGAGAAACCAGAGUGAAGGCAGUAACUGAGCUAUUUUCUCAAGCUGGCUUUUCUGAUAUUACUAAAAAUUUUCUGGCUGUCAUGGCUGACAAUGGGAGACUUCAAUUCCUUGAGCGCAUUGGAAAGCGGUUCAUUGACCUCAUCAUGGCACAUAAAGGGCAAGUGAAAGUGCUUGUGACAACAGUUAUUCCACUACCUGCAGAGGAGGAGAAAGAGCUUAAGCUGACAUUGCAAGAUAUUAUUGGACAAGGGAAAACUGUGACUGUUGAACAGAAGAUUGACCCCAGCAUUAUGGGAGGACUGGUUGUUGAAUUUGGCCAAAAGGUUUUGGACAUGUCGAUUAGGACCAGGGCUAAACAGAUGGAGAGGUUCUUGAGGGAGCCUAUCAAUUUCGAGAACUUCUAAUGCCUAGGAAGAAUUAAGGGACUAGUGGCAUCAAUUCUCUAGUUGCCUUGAAGUGUUAUUUUGUUUUUGUGCAAACCUUUUCAGGUGGGUGGUCUUCUCCACCCCGAAUAAAUCUUUUCCUGGAGAUAAUCCACUUUGUUACAUGUACCCUCUAGUGGUUUUUUAAAAACACUAUUCCAUUGUUUUUGAUAAAUUUGUUACUUAUGUUAUAAGGUUA